AUGUCCCUGCUACGCGAAGCAGAGAGAUGUCUCGCUAACCAACAUGCCCACAAUCUAAAUGCCUUUAUAACCCCACUGUCACGCUCCGGGCAGUGGCUAGACCGCGUGAAGGAAGCUGACCAGCGCAGCGAGAAAGGAACUCCCAAAUCCGCAAUCGAUGGCCGCCUGAUCUCGAUCAAAGACAAUAUCUGCACGCGCCAACUACCAACGACAUGCGCCUCGGGCAUUCUCGAUAAAUUCACCAGCCCGUUCAAUGCGACAGUAGUGGAGCAAUUGGAAGGAGCUGGAGCUGUGAUUGCUGGAAAGACGAAUCUAGAUGAAUUUGGAAUGGGAUCGCACUCGGUACAUUCGCGAUUUGGACCUGUGAAGAAUCUCCGGCGAGACUCCGCGGGACAUGAGAUAUCGGCCGGUGGGAGCUCUGGUGGGAGUGCAGUGGCUGUUGCUGCAGAGCAAUGUUAUGCUGCAAUUGGAACAGAUACUGGUGGCUCUGUCAGAUUGCCCGCUGCAUACACGGGGACGGUGGGCUUCAAGCCAUCAUACGGACUGAUCUCGCGAUGGGGUGUUGUGGCAUAUGCCAAUUCACUCGACACAGUUGGGAUUUUGGGAACAAAUACUUCCAACCCAUUCUCAACCACCACGAUCCCCGCGACCCAACCAGUCUCUCCAAAUCCUCACGAUCACGAAUUCUCGCCCAGUUACAAACCUCCCCCCCUCUCCACGCGCCUAACAUCCAAACCCCUCCGAAUCGGCGUCCCACUCGAAUAUAACAUCUCCGAACUCACCCCUUCAGUCCGAACCGCCUGGCUCUUAUCUCUCGCACAUCUGCAAAAGCAAGGUCACACCAUCCACCCGGUCUCAUUGCCAACAACCAAACACGCCUUAUCUGCAUACUACGUCCUCGCACCGGCGGAAGCUUCUUCAAACCUGGCCAAAUAUGACGGCGUUCGCUACGGCACCCGCGCCGACGGUCCAGAUGGUAAUGGCCAGGCCGAUGGAGUUCUUUACUCUAAUACGCGUGGAACUGGAUUCGGGUCGGAGGUCCAGCGCCGCAUUCUUCUUGGCACGUUUAGUUUAAGUGCGGAUUCUAUGGAUAAUUAUUUUAUUCAGGCGCAGCGUGUGCGGAGACUUGUUCAGCGGGACUUUAAUGAUGUGUUCUCGGCUCAACAUCCUCUAUUCGAUGCGCAAGCUGCUCACUCUGACUCGGUUGGUGCUGGUGCUAGCGCUGGUGCUGAGGUUGACGUGAUUGUCUGUCCUACUGCACCUUCGUCUCCGCCACGUUUGUCAGAUCUAACGGGUGAUUCUGAAAAGUCUUCGCCUUUGGAUGCGUAUGUCAAUGAUGUGUUUACCGUGCCGGCUAGUUUGGCGGGUCUCCCGGCUAUUUCUGUGCCUGUGACUGUGGCCGAGUCUAGCCAGGAUUCUGGCGCUGAUGCUGAAGAACUGGCUGGUAUUCAAGUUGUUGGUCAGUAUGGAGAUGAUGAGUUGGUUAUGAGUGUUGGGGAGUUGCUUGCAGGCAAUCGACUUGGGGAGCAAUAA